CUGAUGAUGGCUUUGACUCGGCAGUAACAAACAAGAAAGGCAACCUGUUGCGUGUGUGACGCCGUCUUUCGGAAUCAUUUUCUUUUCGUGUGCUUCAUUUUUUUUCGGUUGCAUCUUGCGUUCGCUUGUUUUUUUCGGUUUUUCCCUCCCGGAAGUCUUCGAAUCGGUUGGAAUCGUCCUUUAGUUGGUGAUGUGCGGGAACGUGUACGAGUUGCGAGUGAUUUUAAGUCAGAACUUUCGAAUGGUUUGCGGCAAAAAGUGAUUUUUUGACUACGCAUGAGAUUUUUGGCGAGAUGAGCAUAAUGGCGACGACAACGAAAACGAAGAUGAAACCAACAACGAACGAGUUUCUGUCCGGGGACGGAGUGGACAUGGUUGGGAAUCAGAAGCCAGUGGCCGGUGCGGAAGAUCCGGAUGAUUUGGAUUUGUUCCUGAGUGAAAUCACCGUUCAGUUCGAUGACGGAGUGCAAACUUUGUAUGUUGGCCCCGUGGAGAUUGUGGAUGAUGACGAUGAAGAUGUCGGAACUGAUGGCAAAUUUCCCGUCGACAUCGUGGCACAGACGAAGGAAGAAAUGGUGGAUGACCUAGAGCCAUCCAUGGCAAUCGGGAGCCCCUUAGAGGCCCCAGAAAGUGAAGACACAGUAAAGCGUGAUGACGUCACGGUUGAUGUUCCUCCGGAAGAGGUCGAAGCAGAAGCAGCAACAUUUCCUUCCCCAGCGGUCACGGUCGACGCGGCAUCAGACAACAACCGGUUGGCAGAAGAGGACAGCAAUACACAACAAGAGGAGCUCCCCGUCCCGGCAGAUGCUGUUGAUUUACCAGAACCAGAAGCUGGGGGUGGGGAACCACCCAGGGGAAUCGAGGAGGAAGAGGACGGAGACGUGGAUAGCAAUUCAGCAAACGACGACCGUCUCCAUCGUUUGACAGCAGCUGGUGUUGUUAUUGAUCCGAAAAAUGGAGCAGCAGAGCAGCCAGUCCCGAUUGGAGAACUAAUCAGCGAGCCAGAUCCUGGAGCACAUACACCUCCGUUGGAGUUAGCAAACCCAGAUAAAGAACUGCCACCACUAGAAUCUUCUACCCUCGAAGAGGAACCUGUGCGCGAAGUUCAACCACAACCUAUUCCUCCGGAGGAAAUAGUUUCCCCUCAGCCAGAGGUAGACAUCGCACCAAUUAGCAAAUGCACGGAAACGAAAGAACCCGAAUCUGAACAAAGUGAACUAGACGAGGAACAACUUCCAACAACGCAACCAUCGACAUCUCCAUGUCCAUCGCCCAGAAAAUCACCACGCAAGGCUGCUAUUGAUAUUAGUCGAUCGUCGAGUUCUCUAGAAACGGAGGAGCGUCAGCUUGAGCCAGUUCAAGAAGCGGUACAACUACCAGAGGCAGAAACGCAACAGACACCUCCACGCUCUUCGCCGAUAAAAACUGCUGAACCAACCAUUCCCGAAACGGAGCAGUCUCAGUCUGCGCUAGACCAAGAACAAGAAGAACUUCCUUUGACAGAAACGCAAACGACACCCAGAAAGCGACCACGCAAGGGUGCCACUGAUAUUAGUCGGUCAACGACUUCCCCAGAAAAGGAAGGGCUUCAGACACUUCCACGCUCCUCGCCGAAGAAGUCACCCUGUAAGGCUAUCACUGAACAACAAGCUCAACCAACGAUUCCCGAAACAGAGGAAUCUCAGUCUGCGCCAGAACCAGAAGAGGACGAACUUCCAGUGGCAGAGACGCAAACGACGGCCAUUGAAAAUCUUCAACCAAUCGAAUCGGAGGACACUCUGCCUGGACAAGCUCAAGAAGAGGAGCUACGUCCAACAACCGAAACGCAACCAACCACUCCUCAGCGCUCUUCGCCGAAAAGAUCACUGCGCAGGGCAGCCACUGAACGACUUCAAUCGGUUCAACUGGAAACAGAGCAACCUCAGAAGACACCUCCACGUCCGUCGCCCAAGAAAACACGGCUUAGGGCUACCUCCGAGAGACUCAAACCAACGAUCAAGGAGGAAAUCAAACAGCUUACUCCGGUUUUGCCUGCGCCGAUCGACGAAGUAAGUCCUGUAGUGAAGAAGUUGGAACAGGAGCAGCAGAAUCAGUUGGCGGAGGAAGAGCAGGAGGAGGAGAGCCCCGAAGGGGAACUGAUCGUGCCGGACGUGUUGGUGCCCCAGCAGCCGUACGAUAAGGAUUCUUCGCCGGCCGGCAGCGAUAGCGGUAUCGAGAAUGAAGGCACGGAUUUAGGUAAGGUCACUUCGCCGGAGGAAGGGGACGAAUCGGGACUAACAGGAGUAACAGACGAGACUGCAGAAAACAUUCCAGAAGAAAUAGGGGUCGGUGAAAUCGAUCAGGGACAGGGAGGUUCGGAGGAGAACGUGAAUACUCAAGUGGUAGUAUUAGAGGAGAUAGUGAUCCAGGGGGCGAAGGGUACUUUAAUUCAGUGCGCACAAUGUGCGAUGCUGUUUAGGAAAGAACUGUGGUAUAAGAAGCAUCUGAUGAAUUAUCACGGAAUUGAUUUGAGUAAUAUUGCUCAUUUUCUAUCGAAUUUGCAAACGUUGGACGAGGGCAUCCAGGAUGGGGACGGGACGACGGAACAGGAGUUUGAGGAGUUCCAGCUGGAGGAAGGUUCAGCGGAGGACGGGGGCAAUAAUGAAGCAACCGAUAAGACUGAAGACGAGGAGGGCGAAAGUAGUAAGCGGAAAAGUGAAGAUUAUGCGGUGCAAGUUGUUAAGCGGGUUCGCGAGGAGAAGGAAGCUGCUUCAACGCCCAGUCCGGCCACAAUGCAGAUGUAUCCGGAGGUCAAGAUGUCUACUGGAAAACAGAAGGCAGGGAGACGACGCAAGGAGAAACUGGUUCUGAUAAAUUCCGAUGCCGACAUGAGGAUCAAGCAUGAGUACGCCCCGGCAGCUGUGCAUUCGGAAGAAUCGACGAGUACCUCGUCGCAGUCGUCGCAACCCUUGAUGAACAAUAUGUUCGUCGUCAGAUAUCUGGAGCAGGCAGCCUUGAUGGUCGGAACUAGUGGAACUUCAGAAGGGUCAAGCCUAAAUAAAGAAAAUUCCAAGUUUGGUUCGAGCGAUCCCCUGUCCUUUGAAGAGCUGGACGAUGGCAUGACUCCUUUCGAGAGAUCUAAAAUUGUUGAAACAAACGAAGAAGGUAAAAUAAUAUUCACUUGCAGUAUUUGUGAAUCGGAGUUCGAAGUUCGCCAGGCGGUUCAGGACCACGUCAACAUUGUCCACAAGGAUGUGAAACGGCGCAGUUGUCCGCAUUGCGGUCGAACUUUCAACCAAACGGGAGAUCUGACGCGACACGUUAGAAUCCACACGGGAAUCAGGCCGUUCAAAUGUCCAUUCGAUGGUUGUGAGUAUGCAUUCAUCUCCUCAGGUGACCUUCACAAACACGUUCGACGGCACAAUCAGAUGCUCAAUCCGGUUCCCAAGCCCCACGUUUGUAACGUGUGCGGAAAGGAUUUCGAACGAGGCUACGAUCUGAAGCGACACAGUUCGAUGCACGCCAAGGACGACCCGAACUUCCAGGGCUUCAACUGUGAACUUUGUGGGAAAAUGUUCGCCCGCAAGGACCAAUAUCGAGCUCACACAUAUCGCCACAUAGGCUACAAACCUCACAAAUGUUCUCAGUGCGACAAAACCUUCUCGGAUGCCAGCAACUAUGCCAAGCACGUCAAAGUCCACGCCAUGGAUGGGAUCGAACUGUUUUGCCAUCACUGCGAAAAGGCCUUCAAGAACAAGAUGGCCAUCUCGAAGCAUGUUCUGCGGUGCAAGUACAAAACGGCAGCUCGGAAAACAUCGUCCAAGAAGAAGGCCUCCGUUGUCAAAAAGGAGAUUCCGGAAUCUGCACCGUCCAGCGAGAGUCCGAGUCAGAGCACUGCUUGAACGGUUUAAUUUCUACGCGACUUAGCUUCCCUAUUUAUAUCCUGCAUCCUGAAACUAGACGGUAGCUUAAACACUGGCAGCAAUAGCAUUGUAGAUUAGCCCAGAAAUCUCCAGCCCUUAGCUGUAGCUAGAUUAUUCAGUUAGUAGCAGUAACUGACUACUUAACUUUUCCGUUUUAGAAUUGCUAGAAUUAUUGAACUGAAGGUUUUUUUCCUACCAAUUACUCUUAUAUUUUGUACGCGUAUACUUUUUUACAAUCAGGUUUAUUGUGUGUAGCAUUUUUAUCUAUUUUUUGUCUUUCCUUCUUAUGGGAAUAAAACAGCUGGAACUGAUCAUUGUGUAAGACGUCCCCUUUUAUUAUAAAAUAUUUUUUAAUGGAUUGGAAUGGAAAAAUACGAAAGCGAACUGCAAUAAGUAACAAUAAAAGAAACAUUCAAGAGGAUAUAAACCAACCGAGAUGUUGAAGUCUGUUUGGUAGGCGCGGUACCUAGUGAGAUAAUAAACGCACGCUUACAAAAUAAAGUGAAACCCUUUCCUAAUAUGGUUUAUUUAUAUUUCCAUAAAUAAUCCUAAUAUUUGUAUUGUCGUUUUCUUCCUGUGUUAUGAACAAAAAGUCCAAAAUUAACUCAUCAAAUUCAUAGAUAUUCUAUCAGACAUGAUUUUCUCAAGGUUUCUCGUGAAAUAUACUUGGUUUACCAUUCGGCUUGAAUUGAAAUAUUUUUAUGUAUGCAAACAUCGGAUAAAAAUUCCGAAAAAUGGAAUGAAAAGUGUAUAGCACUGUUCCGUUUCCGUAGACAAAGUGAAAACGAAAUAUCUAGGCUAAUAUCGGUAAUGUGUAGGCGUGUGCGUAGCAUUAUCAUAAAAUUCCCUGGGAAUCCUCAAAAGACUAAUGUAAACAAACCUAUGGUUACGGCACCUAAUGAUACCUACCUAUAGCUGCAUUCUUUCCAAGAAGUAGUACUUAAUACAGCUCAUUGUAAAAGCAAA